AUGAAUCGUGGUGUGCUAGGGCUUCAAACUCACCUGCGCCUUCUUCGCUUCUUCCGUUGUUGGCGCGUUCUCCGGUUCGGAAGAGGUUUCUCCUCGAAGCCAUCUCUCUCGACGCUCGUUGAGGCUCAACAGGGUGCUGUGGAGCCCGUUGACGGUGGCCUGGAGGUGAUCGACGGCCAGUUGGGUGAUGUUGUCGGUCUACAGGGCACGACCAAUCAGAUUACAGACAGCUUAGCCAAUGACAAUGGGCCAUCAUCCACACGGCCGCCAAUCAGUGUGGAGGAGGUUUAG